AUGGGGCAGCUUCUUUCGCAGCCGAUCACAGAGAAAAACAUCACACUUGUCCAACAUGAUCAUAUAUCGCAUUCAAUCGGGGAAAUGCAAGGAUAUAGGUUGACCAUGGAAGACGCGUUCUGUGAUUUGAACGAAAGAAUAUUCGUGACGGAAGAGGGAGUUGACAUCAGAAGACAAGAUGAGAAUACAGAGUGUGAUCUGGAAUCUCUUCAAAUUAACAUCUAUGGUGUCUUUGACGGACAUGGCGGUUCAGGAGCAUCUAGAUAUGUUAGCCAAAAACUGCCAUCGCUUUUGCGAGAUGAGCUUAUAGUGACGAUCAACAAUUUGCCUCAGGUAUCUAGAUCCAAGCUUUUGAAUUGCGAAGAAGUGUUAAAGACAAUUGAUUUUCCUCGGCUUCUGCGAUCAUCAUUUAUGAAAUGUGACUCCAUGCUCUAUAGCCAUCACGAUAACAACAGUGGAACAACAGCAGUGGUGCUGAUGAUCUUUUGUGGUUACGCAUUUGUUGCUAAUUCCGGUGACUCAAGGUGUAUAUUGAGUCGAAAGGGAGCCACAAAAACGCUAUCUUUUGAUCAUAAGCCAAGGAACCUGGGUGAGCUAAUGCGAAUCCACAGCGACGGAGGAUACGUUUCUACCAACAGAGUGAAUUCAAUUUUGGCUUUGAGUAGAGCCUUUGGAGAUUUCGGCUUCAAGAUGCAUACAGAAAACAAUUACUCCAGACAACUGAUGUUCAGAACAGCCAAACACAAAUAUACUCCUCCUGAAGAAUAUCAAGUUACUGCAGAACCCGAUAUUCUCAUACAUAAGAUUACUCAGCUUGAUGAGUUCUUUAUUCUUGCUUGCGAUGGAAUAUGGGAUUGCUACAAGUCUCAUGAAUUGGUACGUUUGGUGAGGCAUCAUCUCUCGCUAGGAAAAAAACUACCUGAGAUCAAUGAGAUAAUUCUUGAUAAUUGUAUCAGGAUGGCAAAUACAAUAACUGGCAUCGGGUUCGAUAAUAUGACAUUGAUUAUCGUUGCCUUGCAUCAAGACUACAAAGAUUUGAACAAUUGGUAUACAAAAAUGAAAUACAGAAUUCUGGACGAGCACUUUGGGCCUUCUGGGCAUUGA